AUCUGCAUGAUGAAGGUUAAAAUAAGUUUAGUGGUCAAAACAAUGGCAGCAUUAGAGAGAAGGAGAACGUGUUUAGAUUAGAGGUCAGGUGUUUUUGAUGGUUGUACCAGAGCUGAGUAAAGAAAAAAAUCAAAGUACUGUUCUGGUACUUUCUGUGGGGGCCUCGGAGGAGAAACAGACAUAGCCUCCGGUCACAUGAAUAGAAAAUGACCUCCCUGCGUGUUUUCCCUUCGGAGCGACUCAUUUGCGUUUUCCCUGCCUGCGCUGAGGCUCAUUGCGUGCUCGGAUUUCCAUACAGGUGCGUCUGCUCCGGCUCUCGUUUGACUGUCAAAGCAGGCGCUGGUGCUUUUUUUUCUCUCCGCCCCCGCAAGCAUCCAGCUUUACCGGGGAGGAGCGCAGAGGAGUGCCUUUACGCCGCGGAGAGCCGACACACACACACGCAUAUACUCACACAGCCUCCUCCCCCCACCGACUCCGUACUCAUCUACCGGUAAAACGCCACCGACUCCCGGCCCUGAACGGUCCUCGCCGCCGCUGAAGCCCGGUCUGCACCCGGCAGCGCACGCACUCGAACAGCGGUCCUCUCCCCGGUAGGCCUGACGUAGCAUCAUGGAGGAAUGGGACAUCCCACAGAUGAAGCGCGAAGUGGAAAGCCUUCAGUAUCAGCUGGCAAUCAACAGAGAGAAAUCUUCCAUCACUGUCACUGAGCUGGUGAAAUGGAUCGAGGGAUGUGUUUGUGAAGAUCCAUUUUUGAAUCCGGAGCUCAUGAGAGCCAAUCCCUGGGUGGAGAAGGGCAAGUGUGUGAUUCUCUAGCGGUCACACACACACACACACACAUACACACUCAUAUAUAUAUAUAAAUAU